AAGGUGGUGAUUCUCCAUUGAGAAAGGAGGAGAAGAACGCAAGUGAGUUGCUUGGUUUAAAACAGGGAACUGCAUGCCCAGCUCCUCGAAACGUUGCAAAUAGCAAACGUAUUAUUGCUUUCAUGAUUUCUUCUUCAUUACCUCAUUUUCAUGGUACCAAGGCCUCCAUGAUUUAG